CUAUGAUUUCUCAGACCCAACUGUAGAGUCAAGUGGAAAGCACCAACAUGUUUGUUAUAAAAGCAAUCAAAGUGAUCCUGCUGGCAGUGGUUUCCAUUACCACUGCAGUGGACUAUUGCGCUCUACCCACCUGUCUGGAUAAGCACAUCGCCUGCAAUAAUAAAGGAAACUUUAGCGAAAACUGCCCUAAGGAUUCUCGUAUAGUCAAGAUCGAACCCCAUCACAAGCUGAUCCUUACCCUUUUUAACGAGCUCCGGAACAAAGUGGCUGGAGGUGAAAUAGAGGGCUUACCCAAAGCUGUUCGCAUGGCCAAAAUGUCCUGGUGCGAGGAGCUCUCCUAUUUGGCUCUUCUCAACGUGAAGACUUGCGAGUCCUUGCCGGACAAGUGCCGCAGCACCGAGCGAUUCGCCUAUGCUGGCCAGAACAACGCCAUAUUCAGCUACAGUGGAGCGGAGUCGGAGUACACAGAUGCGGAGAUCGUGAAGGAGCAGAUCGAAAAUUGGUUCGCAGAACGCUCCAAUGCCUCUCCCGAUAUCCUGGCCAACUUUCCCGAAGAUUUGCCCAACAAAAACGUGGCCAAGUUUACCAUUGCUGUGGCUGAGAAGAACACCCAUGUGGGAUGUGCCGCAGUGCGCUUCUCUAAGGAUUUCUACAACCACUUUGUGCUAACCUGCAACUUUGCUACCUCCAACAUUGUGGGUCAGCCCGUGUACAACCCAGGCGAGAAGUCGACUUCCGGAUGCAAGAAUCGCUAUGGCGCCGCCUUCGACUAUCCCAAUCUGUGCUACGCCAAGGAAAUUUAUGACAAUGAGAAGGUUAUUAACGGUACCGUUGUCUAAAUCCCAAAGGGGAAUACACACUUAAUUAUUGUAGCUGAGAAGGCAAUAAAUAGCUAAAAGAGCAAAGAUAUUUAUAAA